ACAGCCGUCAAAGGAAGGACAAGUGUGAAAAGAAGGAGACGUGUCUUCCGCACAGCUUGAAUAAAGCCACCCUGCAAAGAGAACACGAGGUUGUGAAAGCCCACCUCGUGCCCUGACUAUGGCCAGCCCUUUGAAGGGGGAGGUCAUGAGACUGUACAAAACCCUGCUGUACCUCGGCCGAGAGUAUCCCCAGGGAGCGGCGUAUUUCAGGGAGCGCCUGAAGGCAGCCUUCGUGAAGAACCGAGACGAGACGGACCCGGACAAGAUCCGACAGCUGGUGGCCCGGGGCGACUUCGUCAUCAAGGAGCUCGAGGCUCUCUACUUCCUCAGGAAGUAUCGAGCCAUGAAGAAGAGGUACUACGACCCAGAGGAAUAAAAGUACAACUCCAAUACAGCUUACCACAUUUCUGAUUAUUAUUCCUUUUUAAAACACAGGCAACGGGAACCGAUCAGAUCACGCAGCAGUUUUGGUCAUGAACGAACACAUCUAUUGAAAACACACUGACAUUGCAGAAAUGAUAAACUCGCAACACUCGUCCUAAUAAGGGAAAUAAGGGAAAAGUGCCAGACACUGAUGAUGAUGAUGUAACUUUUACAGUAUGAGCUUCAUGUUUUUUAUACACAUGUUGCACUUUUUGUUUUUUUCAUUGAAACAUUGCGUGUGUGUUGUUAGACAAGUCAUAUGCAGACACCCACCUGGUCUGUGAUAAACUGUGGAGGCCAAUGUAAAGACUGACUGAAUCCUACAGUGACAUGUAUAUUGUAUUUGAAUGUAUAUAUAUAUUUGUAAAUACAUUGUCAUAUCUCUUGAAGAGUGAAUGUACAUGACUGUGUACCUAAGCACUAUUUUUGGAGAAAUGUACAGAUUGUUUUGAAAACAGUGAUGUCCUAUGUCGAAUAUAAAUAAACCCCAGCAAUCAGUUUUA